AAGUAGGAAGGGGAAUUCCUCCAGUGGCAGGACUCAUCGUCAGAAUGCGCAGCAACUUCAUGCAGUCCAAGUAAGAACCACUGUCAAUACUGUCAGCGGACAAAGUCCCGUAGUCAUAAUCUUCCGGGCCGAUCGCUUGUAUCUCGCAACUUUACCAACCGAGUUAGAGCAAGCCUCCCGUUUCGGGCUGGGAUAACCGGCGGACCGGGACUCGGCGCCGUCCAAACUGACGGAGCCGGACAACCAGAGCGCAGGCGCCGACCUACGAUCAUCGCUGGCUUUGGUCUGAAGCCCGAAGGAAGGGCGAAUAAAUAAAUUAAAUGUAGCUUUCCGGCUGACUUCCUGUCUGGUUGAGGAAAAUGAAAGCGAAAGCGACAGCCCAGUCUAGAGGAAAAAAAAUCAAUUGGCUUGUUAAUGGAGGAAAAAAAGUCCAUGGGGAGUCCAUAACACACCAGAGGAAAGAUUAUGGUUCAGCCCCAGGCUCAGACGGGCAGUACCUUGCAGUGGGAGAUGGCAGGGGGAGAUGCUGUGGGCUCCAACGGUCAGGGGUCGCUCCGGGUGCCGCCAGAGCUGGCGGAGAACGAGGUUGUCAGCAGGCUUUUCACGGACAACCACCAACUCAGAGAUGCCUUGAGAAGGAGUAAUGCGGCUCUCAGGGAGAGAUGCGAAGAUAUGGAGAAAUGGCAGCAGCGAUCCAGGAAGGAGAAGGAGUUCCUCAGCUGCCGGUUCCAGGAGGCCAAGGCGCUGGUGGAAAGGCUGUCCCAGGAAAAGCAGGACCUGUGGAGCCAGCUUAAUCAGAUGGACCCUCGAGGGCAGGCAGGGAGCCCCAUCCCACAGCAGAGAAGCAAUCUCAAUUGUCUUGAGAAAUUGGAAGAUGGAGAGGAAAAAGAAGAGGAUAGGACCAGACAGCAGACACCCCCAGAGAGUGUGCCCAUAGAUGGCUCCAAUCAGUUUCUGAAGCUGCUGAAGAGCCACAAAGAGAAGCUGGAGGAGAACCUGCGGGAGCUGCGGGGCCUGAACAAGGAGCUGGAGGAGCAGAAGGAGAAGGCUGAGCUGGAGCGGGACCGGCUGCUGAGCGCCAACGAGCAGCUGCAGCAGAAACUGAUGCAAAUGCAGGGUGGCAGUGUCACUGAGGAGACCCUACAGCAGGCACCCCCAUGCGCUGGGGACGCCGACACGUCUCAGGUGGCCAAGCUCAUGGAGGAGUUACAAAAUACACAAUCCCGAUGCAGUGAGCUUCAAGAGAAGUACGACUCUCUCCAAAAGACCACAGUCCAGCUAGACAAAACCGAAGCUCGGCUGAAGCAGAGGGACAAGGAAUUUGAGCAGAUAACCAAAGACAGCGAGGCUCUGAAGGCCCAGGUGACCUCGCUGCUGGGGGAGCUCCAUGAGCGGCAGAGCUGCCUAGACAAGAGCGAAGACGAGGGCCGGCGGCUGCAGGAGAGGCUCGCUGCCAAAGCGGAGGCCCUGCAGGUCAAGGAGAGGGACAUGGAGACCCUGAAGAAGCAGCACAGCGUCACCGUGGACCAGCUGCGUCUGCAGACCGAGAACCUGGAGACGGCGCUCAAGACAGAGAGGAUGUUCCUGACGGAGGAGAAGAGGAAGUUGGCCCAGCUACAGCAAGCCUAUACACAGCUUUUCAAAGACUAUGACACUAAACUACGGAACGGUGGUGAGGUGGAGGACUUGGGGAACAGGUUAAGGGAAGCAGAGAUGGCUCUGGCCAUGAAGCAAGACCUCAUCGACAAGCUGAAGGAGGAGGUGGAGCGGCAGAGGAUGUCUCUGGAGACUGUGCCUGUCCUCGCCGCCCAGGCAGAAAUUUUCAAGGCGGAUUUCCUAGCAGAGCGACAGGCCAGGGAGACGCUGAACCAGCGUAAGGAAGAGCUGCAGGAGCAGUUAAACAAAACUGCGAUGGAAGUUGAUCGACUCAAACUCGAGGUCACUUCUCGAGCACGCAUGGAGGUGAUGCAGCAGAGGCACAUGGACGAUUACCGACUUCCUUGCUCCAAUCACCCCCCUUCAGGAGAGGAGCUGCCUGAUUAUCGCUGCCCGAAAUGCCAGUAUCAGGCCCCGGAUAUCGACACCCUGCAAAUCCACGUCAUGGACUGCAUUCAGUGAUCAUUCCCUGGGGGUGGGUGGGUGUAUGUCGAGCAUGAGGGGGGACCAUGCUGAAGUGGGACAUUGUGUUUGGAGUUUGAGUCAGUGGAGAGUGAGUGAUGGUAUACUUCGCAUCUCAGCUAAGAGGCACCUCUAAUUUUAUUUCAUUUUAUUUUAUCCUUUUAACAGACCAGAGAAACACUGAAUAAAUGCUACCUAUAACUAGAAACGUCGUCUAUUGUAGAUACUUAUACUUAUAAUUGCUUCCAUUGUUCAUAACUAACACAUCAAUGUUGCUAACAUCUUCAUGCAUCAUCAUUCACAGACUAAUUUCACACUUUUUACACAGCACAAGUCUUGCAAUGAAUGCCCGUGUUGAUUCUUGUGAGUCACCAUUAUGUCUUUUGUUUCAACUGAUAUCUUUAAGAAUGUAUACUAUCUGUGCAUCUGUAUUUGUCAUGAGAAACAAUGUCACAAUGAAGUCCGAUAUGCCUUAUUAUUUCCACUGUAAAGUUACUUUGUAGAAAUUGUUUUUGAUAAAAUUAUUGUUGAUAAAUUU